GCCUAUAUGUAAAACCAGACCACACGUUCGGCUCCACCAUUUCGUACCAAGCGCGAGAGCCACGCAUAUAUGGCGGACGUGGUCUCCGACCUGGUGCUGUCCUUCUUCUGCUGCUGCUUCUACGCUCCCGGCGACCUCCGCGGCGCGCGCCACUACGGCGGCGGCCACGCCCACCCGGCCGGCCGCAACGCGCCGUGCUGCCACCGCGGCGCCGGCGGCCGGGGCAGGCGCGUGUCCCUGCAGACGGUGGAGCUCAAGGUCCGGAUGUGCUGCGACGGCUGCGAGCGUGUGGUGAGACAAGCUCUCCAAAACCUCCGAGGAGUGGACAGUGUGCAGGUGAGCGUGCCGAUGGAGAAGGUGACGGUGACAGGGUACGUGGACCGGGCGGAGGUGCUGCGCGAGGUGCGGCGGAGCGGGAGGAAGGCGGAGUUCUGGCCGAGCGGCGCCGCGCCGCUGUGGUUCACGUCCCCGCGGAGCUAUUUCCGCGACGGCGGCGGCUCGUACCGCCGCGGCAGCUACAACUACCGCCGCCACGGGUACAGCGACGGCGGCCGGCACGGGCGCAUGCGCGAGCCCGCCCGCGGCGCCGGGCCCGCCGGCGACAUGUUCAACGACGACGACGUCAACGCCGCCUGCCGGAUCAUGUGAUUGUGAUGUGAGCCGUGAGCGGCGACGAGGAUCUUGCCCGUUCAUGGCUCUUCUUGUUUUGGGCAUGGAUUUUUUUUUGGAAAAUGUUAAGUUUUUUUGGUCAUGGGUCUCAGCCCAAUGAUGGAUUUAGAACUCGUGGGCUUUUGGUUGUAAUGGCCCAUUAACCAGGAGCUCUGGGCUGAAAUCUUUCUUCACUUUCCUUAAUUUGAGCUAAGAAGUCAGAACUGAAUGAUAUUCCAUCGAAUCUGAGUGAUGCUACACGGAUGGAUCCACUUGUUCUUUA